AUGGCUGAAAAACGUAUUGAUGAGACGGAGUUCAAGAAGACUGUAAACCUUCUUCAAGGAUAUAUUAAAAAUGUUAAAGAAGAAGCAAGUGCCAUUGAGAAGAGUGGCAAAAAUCUCCAUAAUUAUGCUUCAAAAAUAGAAGAAUCUUUGAAGUUAUUGAUGAAAGAAAAAGAGGACAAAUUAACAAACAAAUUACAUCUUCACAAAUUUUUGAAAAAUGUUUCUUUGACGGCCGAUGGAACAACAGUUUAUAUCAAAGGUUUUAGCAAUAUGAUGACUUUUGGAGCCGAAAAACCAUUAUCAAAAGAAAAUGGGAUGUAUUUUGAAGUUGAAUUUACAAACUUCAAAUCUGCAGGUAUAGGCCUUUCAACGAAGGAGUUUGAUUUCAAUUCAAAUGAUGCGGUGGGACAGGCUCCAAAGAGCUAUGGAUUUUCUAAUAAGGGUACCUAUUGGUCAGCGGCAAGUAAAUUUAAGAAUUUUGAUUUAAUUGGGUUUACAAUUGGUGACACAGUUGGUUGUGGUCUGCAGUUUGAUGAAAGUACCAAAAAGCAUUUUAUUUAUUUUACAAGAAAUUCUACUUUUAUUGGCGUUAAGCAAUAUGUUAACGUGUUCAAUGGAGUUUUUCCAACAAUUAGCUUAUCUGGUUCUAAUGCUGCUGCAAAAGUGAAUUUUGGAAAAACAUAUUUUAUGUAUAAACAAUAA